AUGGCGACUAAUGCUCUCCUUGACAAUGCGUCCACAUUUGGCAUCGUCGCCCGCGCCGCCGCGGUUCUGUCGGUCCUCGUCAUCGCCCGUUUCUUCUACCGGCUCUACCAAGUCCGGACGUUGUUUAGGGAGGCAGCACAGAAAUACGGCAUCCCAAUGAUCCCCCAUUCCUUCUGGCUGGGACAUCUUGAAGUAAUAGCCAAGAUACUAGCCAAGUACCCGACGGAUCUCCACCCCCAAUGCAUGCCACUGCUGCUCGCCCAGGAGUACCCUGAGGUCGCAGAACAGGCAGUUCUCUACCUAGAUACUUGGCCGUUCUCUCAUCCAAUGUUGGCUGUUUUCCAUCCGGAUAUGAUGGCGCAGUUCACCCAGGACAACUCAAGGCCUAAACACAGUCAAAUGCGCGAAGAAUUCCAUAUCCUAUCCGGCUGCAAUGAUCUUGUCAACCAGGAAGGCCAGGUCUGGAAGAUGUGGAGAAGCAUAUUCAACCCCGGAUUCUCCGUCAAGAACUUGAUGUCCCUGGUACCGGCCUUCCUGGAAGAGAUCCAGGUCUUCCGGGAUUGGCUGGGUGAUGUCGCGGAGAGUGGUCAAGUCGUUCAGCUUGAGGCUAAAGCCAUGCGGGCUACUGGUGAUAUCAUCGGACGAGCGACACUGGGACAACGAUUGCACUGUCAGAACGGGAACAACCCGUUCUUCGAAUCACUGAAAGACGCCAUCAGCUGGAUCAUCGCAGAUCAUAGCCCGCCGAAUAUUCUCAAGUCGAUGCACCCUCUUCGGCGCUUCCAUUUGUGGAAUAGCAACCGUAUCAUGAAGAAUUACGUGAAGCCGAGGAUCGAGCGCGGCGUUGCUGAACACGCGCAGGACAAGGGUGACUCUGCUGGGCCUAAAACCAUCUUGUCCCUCGCGAUCAAAUCCUACGUCAACGAAGUGCAAGGAAUCUCUGGCAUUGCAGAGGUAGACCCUGCAUUUGUGGAAAUUGCAGUUUCUCAGACCAAGAUCUUCAUGCUCGCCGGGCAUGACACGACAGGCUCAACCUUGUGUUUCAUCUACCACCUCCUGAACAGAAAUAAGCGGGCGCUGGAGGCCAUCCGGGCUGAGCACGACGAGGUGCUCGGAAAGGACACCACUGCCGCGCGAGCCAGGCUAUCCGCCAACCCGCGGCUGCUGAACCAGAUGCCGUUCACGGCGGCGGUCAUCAAGGAGACGCUGAGGCUAUUCCCACCCGUCGGGACGGUCCGCCAAGGCUCCGAGGACUUUUUCCUGACGCACCCGGACACUGGAUUGCGAUACCCGACAAAAGGGAUGAUGCUCUUCGCCUGCAGCAUAGCAGAGCAUCGCACCGAGCAGUUCUGGCCCCGGCCCAACGAGCUUGUCCCUGAGCGAUGGUUCGCAAAGGAGGGCGAGCCUUUGUAUGUCCGCAAGAAUGCUUUCCGCCCACGUAACUGUAUCGGUCAGGAGCUGGCUCAGCUAGAGCUCAAGGCGAUACUGGCCAUGACGAUUCGUGACUUUGAUAUCUCGAGCGUCUGGAGCAAGGACGACCCGGAAUGGUUUGGUGACAAAGCCUACCAGGGAGCCCUCCCCAACGAGAUAACGGGGCAUCCGAAGGAAUACAUGCCUGUAAGAGUACUGAAGAGGCAAUGA